AUGGAGGUACCAUACUAUCUUGGAAGAAGCCUCCACACACACCUGGAAGAAAUGCAACAUAGAUUCUACUCAUUUGUGCCCUCCUUGGCCAUCGUUGAGUUAUUGGCGACUCUUUGGGCAGUUGAGUCUCUGAAAAACAUGCAUAUGACGGACAUUAUCUUUGAGACUUCGUUUCUCUUGGCUAAAGAUGCUCUGCUGAAUGCCCACAGUUACCUAUUUUGUCGUGAUCUGAUAGAUGAGAUUUUGCAGCUCCUUCCGGCAAUCAGAUCUUGGAGUCUAGACUAUGUCAGGUCUGACACUAACUAUGCGGCCAAUGCUAUUGCGUUAAGCGUCACACCGGAUUAUCAAUACCAGUUCUACGUUGGGCACCAAGGGCCUACAUGGUUCCAUAAUCUUCUCGCUGUAGAAGCAGCUCAGAUUACUCACUGA